CCUCCAUUCCCCUUCCCCUUCACCUCUACCCACCUCCUACCCUCCCAAACCCUAGCCUUCUCCAGCCUUCCAUGGCCGACGGCGAGCCGGACGCGCCGGCGGAGGAUAAGCACCCAGCCCCCGCGGCCUCGCCACCCGAGGUGGACAAGCCCCCGCCGCCGGAAGCCCCCGAUGCGCCUCUAGCCGAGACGAAGCCGGGGAAAUCGGUGCUGACGGCGACGGAGCCGGAGCCCAAGGUGAUGGAGAAGAAGGAGGCGGGACCCAAGGAGGCCAAGGUGAAACUGGAGAAAAAGGACAAGGAAAAGGUGGAGAUCGACGCGACGCGCCGGCCGGCCGGGGCUAGCCCGGAUGCGCCCAUCCUCGCGGUGCCCAUGCUGGCUGUGCCCUGCUUCAUCGCUCCUCCGGGCUUCGCGGGCCAUUUUUCAAUGAGUCAUCAAGCAGCUUUGGCAAGUGUUACAGCUCAUGCACAAAUGCAACUACAAUCACCAACGUCAUCUGCAUAUUCAGAAGGGCUGCCAAGUCCGUUUCCUCAUCCUAUAACACCUAAAGCUAUUCGGCCACUACAGCAAGAACCAUCACUAGCUCAGGGAAGUAUUUGCAGACCAAUUGCACAAAGCCCAUCCUCAUCUGAGUCAAAAUUGCAUCGUCAUGCUACUGUAAAUAUGGUGGGUGAUGGCUUUAAUUGGAGGAAGUAUGGUCAGAAGCAAGUGAAAAGUAGUGAUAAUUCCAGAAGCUACUACAGAUGUACAAGCUCAAGUUGUUUGGCUAAAAAGAAAGUUGAGCAUUCUCCUGAUGGCCGUGUUAUAGAAAUCAUAUAUAAAGGAACACAUAGUCAUGAGCGUCCACAGAAGACCAGAUCUGUAAAAGAGAAAGGGCAUCACAUCAAUGUUUCCCCCAGAGGCGGUGAAACCUUGCGGCUUGUGAACAGCGACAUUAUGGAUUCUCGUACACCGACAUCUAAAUUAAACCAGAUUGCUGUCAUUGAAAAAUCUGAACAGCAGCUCUUUUGCUCAAGUGAUUGUGAAGGGGAUGCUGGUAACAAAUCCGAAGAUGAGCAUCCUAGUGCAGAGCCACAGCCAAAGCGAAGGAUAAUCGAAGCCACAACACCUAACUUAACUCCAGUUCUCCGAACUGUCAGAGAGCAAAAGAUGAUCGUCCAGGCUGGGAAGACGAGCGAUGGGUACAGAUGGCGCAAGUAUGGGCAGAAAAUUGUGAAGGGGAAUCCAAACCCCAGGAGCUAUUACCGCUGCACACAUGAUGGAUGUCCUGUCCGUAAGCACGUUGAAAAAGCACCGGAUGAUGUAAACAAUAUGGUAGUAACUUAUGAAGGAAAGCACAACCACGAUCAACCAUUUAGAAGCAACAACGAGUUGAGGGAUGGAUCUAUUUCUGUGAUCACUUCAGCAGUAACCAUCGCUGAGCUACCCAGCGCUUUGCCUUUGACAUCAGAUGAGAAAUCUCCAACCAGCACACAGAAGGCGGCUGACAGUGAGUCCGCUAAGGACACGUGUUUAGAACUUGGAGAUAAGAAGCCUCCGGAGAGUGCACAAACCCUGCUCAGCAUAAAAACUGACCCGGAUGACAUGAAGAGUUCCCUCCUGAAAGAUACUUCUGCCAUAGUUCCUGUGCAAAACAAUUGAUUCUGUGAGGUUAGGUUGGAUUCAACUAGCAUUAAUUUAUGGUAUUUAUAUUUAUUGGUUCUGUGAGCUGUUGUUGUGUUAGCUUCUGUACAUGAGAUGAGUGGUCAGCAUUCUGUGGAGCACCACCGGAUUGAUGGAAGUUUCGACGGAGAAUGUAGGUUCAGAAAGCCAUGAAACGUGAUCCCUCUGUAUAGCUAUAGGUACUGUAUCACUUACAGAGGCUAAGCAACAAGGAAGACACAGAACCUUAAUGUGUGGGGCUCUUUAACUGUAUUGUUCUAGUUGGAUUUGUUGCAAACACUAACUGAUCCGAGCUAUGGUGAAUUUAUUUGUUGUUAUAGUCAUGACGUAUUGCAAGUUACAGUUUA